AUGGCCAAUCUGGAAGGCAAAGUUAUCGCUCUUACAGGCGCAGCCUCAGGAAUCGGACUAGCCACUGCCAAACUACUAGGCCAGAGAGGUGCUACACUCUCGCUGGCCGACAUUAAUCAAGGACAACUCGAGACAGUGGCCAGUGCUUUAAGUGAUUCUGGUAUCACUGCCAUUUUCACCGUCGUUGACGUAACAAAAUCAUCGGAUGUCAAGAGCUUCAUAGAGAAGACGAUGAAGGAAUUUGGCAGAUUGGAUGGCGCAGCAAAUCUGGCUGGAGUUAUCGGGCGCAAUGCAUCAACCGCGGACCUCAGAGAUGAGACCGACGAGGAAUGGGAUCUAAUUAUGAAUGUCAAUGCUAAGGGAGUUUUCAAAUGCAUGAGAGAGGAAUUGAAGGUCAUGAAAUCAGGAGCCUCGGUUGUCAAUGCUGCCAGUGUGCUCGCGUUGACAGGUAAGGCGCAAGCCAGUAUCUACUGUGCUAGCAAACAUGCCGUGGCUGGUUUGAUCCGAGCGGCAGCAAGAGAAGAGGGCAAGAACAAUAUUCGUAUCAACGGUGUCGCUCCGGGGUUUAUUGACACGCCGAUGGUUUCGGCAGUGGAAGAAGCACUGAAUGUCACGCACGUUGAUUUCUCUCCCCAGGCGUUCGAGAGGAAAGGGAAGCCGGUAGAGAUCGCCAACAUCAUAGCAUUUCUACUAAGCGACGAAAGUGCUUUCGUGACGGGAGCAGUAUGGACCGCAGAUGGUGGUUGGAUCUGCUAG